UCUUCUGGUACAUCACUUCCUCUGAAGAAUGGGGACUGCAACAGUAAUGUUGUGUUUUACUCUAAAAAAGGACAAAUUCGAUUCUGAAGAGGCACAUGAAUUAUACCAGUCUAUACCGAACAUUUGUUUCGAAGGCAAAGCCGAGCUACAAACAGUUUGUGACUGUGGUAACCAAGGUGACAAGGUGAUAACUGCAACGUCUGAUGAUGGCAGCCAUAUAGUAAUUCAUCUUUACCAUUUCGCCUAUCUUACGGUGGAUAUAACCUAUGUUGUAGACAACGUAAACUGUUUAAAACCACUAUCGGAACCGUUUGAAUUUGAGUUCAUAGAAGGGCUCAAAAUAUCUAUAGCAACAUUCCUUAAAGAAAUCAUUGAAGAAUCUAAAAGCUUGCCUUCUCCAAUCAGACGAGCGCCUGGUGUCACGUGGAAUUAUGGAUGUACCGGAGAUGAGCGCAUUUUUGAGACUGAUUACGAAGAGAUUGUAUUGGAGACACAGAGUAUAAAGAUCGUCAAAUCGAAGGAAUUUGGGAAUGUUUUGCUCCUGGAUGAUGAUAUAAUGCUAGGUGAGAGCGACUUAGUAUACACAGAGUCAUUGCUGGGAAGAGGAAAGAAUGACUUUAAGGAUAAGCAAAUACUUAUACUUGGUGGAGGAGACGGGGGCACACUACAUGAACUGUUGAAACAGUCUCCAGCUUUUGUUCUCAUGGCAGAGAUAGAUGAGGAGGUGAUUAAAGCCUGUAGUAAACACAUGAAGGCGGUAUGUGGGGACACCCUAGAGAAGUUAGAGGGCAACAACUAUAAGAUAAAGAUUUGUGAUUGCAUGCAAGAACUGAAAGCGGCAGUAGAUUCAGGAACUAAAUAUGAUUUUGUCAUCAACGACCUGACGGAAUUAUCAGUCGACAAGGAAAAAUACGGGUUUGGAUAUGAGUUUGAAACAAGUUAUGCGACCCUGGAAUUGGCUCUAAAGGUACUACAGCCUGGUGGAAAAUACUUAGCAAGAGGUAAUUGCCUUAGUGCCAGUGAUUACACACAACAGUUUGAGAAGGAUGUACGAGCUCUUGGUCAUAACUUCACAAGAGCAGAUGUCCAUGUCCCUUCAUUCAGAGAAACAUACUGUUUGUAUGAAGUCCAAAAGAAUUAAUUUUAUGUGAUUUAAAGAAAUGGGAAAAGUUAAUUCUCGUGG